UCUAAUCUCCAACACUAAAAUAUGGAUUAUCUCAUAAGCGAAUUGCCGGACGAAAUCCUCGAGAGCAUAAUCUCGCAUUUGUCGAUAAAAGACGCAGCAGCAACGAGCAUCCUCUCCCGCAGAUGGAGACACUUAUGGGAAAACAUUGAUUAUCCUAUUCUCGACAUCGACCUUGCAGCUUUAAUCUCCAUCUCCACGUACGAAAAUCUAUCUUCACAACCUGUAAGAAGCGAAAUACUGAGUUUAGUGUCGACCAUCUUGGAUCGACAUCAAGGCUCAACCAUACACGAACUCAGAAUUCGUUUUCCGUAUUGGAUUAAGACAGCCGUUAAAAAGAAAGUUAAAAGUCUUUUUCUACAGUUCAACACAUUGUGUGGUAAUUCUAUUACAUACACUUGGCUAUUCGAUACACUUCCUUCCAGUUUCAGCUCUCUCGUAUCUCUUCGCCUCGUAGCUUUACAUUCUUUAUAUUCUCGAACAUUGAUCGACUAUUUUUUAUUGAAUUCUCCGCUUUUAGAGGUGUUGUUCAUUCAAAGGUGCUCUGACUUGACAAACUUGAAAAUUCACUGUCCGAAGCUAAAACAUCUUACUUUAAGUGACAAUGAUAUUGGAUGUCUUGAAAUAUCAGCACCAAAUCUCGAAUCUUUCAAGUGUAGACAGGAGUCUGAGCCGAUCCUUCUGUUUAAAACUGUUCCGUCUCUCAAGCAGAUAUCUUUGGAGGGAUUCGACUCUUACAGGCUUAUAGUAAGUACUUAUCUAAACCCUAUUUUGGGUUUGCUAAGUCAACUCGACUCGCUUGCAUUGACAAAACUACACCAUGCUGAUAUAAUUUCUAGUCCUAUCAUAGAUUUUCCUAUUCUGAAAAAUCUCAAGCAAUUGGACCUCUCAGUAAGUAGGUAUCAUGAUCUAGUCGACACUCUCACUCCGUUGAUGCAAGCUUCGCCGAAGUUGCUUAAUGUAUCGAUCAUCAAUUUGGGUAGUCGUGUAUCACUCCAUUCAGAUGCGUUGGUUCGAUUGAGACGUAGGCUACCUUCAUCUGUAGAGUUAAGAUUAUUUAUUAGUAUCAUUAGCUCAUAG